AUGUCUUCCGAAAACGCUCAGUCCGUCAAGGUUCUUGACGAGCUCAUGCAGAAGCUCACCAUCUCCAAGGAGGCUGCCGACAUCAAGGAGUCUUCCGCUGCUCUGGCUUCCUUCAUCAACGGCCGCAUUGAGGACCAGGAUGUUCCCACCAAGAGCAUCGAGGCCAUCCGCAAGCUGUUCAACAACAAGAAGGAUGCCGCUGCCCGUGAGAAGGCUGCUCUGGCUAUCACUGCCAUUGCCCAGCACUCCGAGGUCUCCGCCCACGUCGAGCCCUUCCUUGUUGCCCUCCUCCCCAACGUCCUCGCCGCCGUUGGUGACAAGAUCACUGGUGUCAAGAAUGCCGCUCAGGCUGCUGCCCUGGCCAUCGCCGAGGCCGUCAACCCCAACGCCGUCAAGGGUGUCUUCAACCCCAUCAAGGAGUCUCUCCUGACUGCCCAGAAGUGGCAGGAGAAGAUGGCUGCCCUCGACGUCCUUGAGACCGUCGUCCGCACUGCCCCCGCCCAGGUCGCUUUCCGUGUCCCCGACUUGAUCCCCGUCGUCUCUGAGUCCAUGUGGGACACCAAGAAGGAGGUCAAGGAGCGUGCCUACAAGACCAUGGAGCAGAUCUGCCAGUUGAUCGUCAACAAGGAUAUCGAGCGCUUCAUUCCCGAGCUCAUCAAGUGUAUCGCCAAGCCCGAGAACGUCCCCGAGACCGUUCACUUGCUCGGUGCCACCACUUUCGUCACUGAGGUCCAGGAGCCCACCCUUGCCCUCAUGGUUCCCCUUCUUGACCGUGGUCUUGCCGAGCGUGAGACCGCCAUCAAGCGUAAGGCUGCCGUCAUCGUCGACAACAUGUGCAAGCUCGUCGACGACCCCAACAUCGUUGCUCCUUUCUUGCCCAAGAUGAUGCCCGGUCUUGAGAAGAACUACGACAACUUGGCCGACCCUGAGGCUCGUGAGAAGACCCGCCAGGCUCUCGACACCCUCAUCCGCGUCGGUAACGUCAAGGACGGCAAGAUCCCCGAGGUUCGCCGCGACUCUGACGUCGACGUCGUCCUCCCCAAGCUCAAGGAGGUCAUCCCCGCCAAGCACAAGGCCACCGCUGAGAAGCUCAGCAUCGUCCUUGAGUACAUUGCCGCCAUUGCUGGCCAGCUCAUCGACGAGAAGGAGCUCGAGAGCGCUGUCUGGGCUGAGGCUCUCAAGCCCUACGUCAGCGUCAUCGUUGGCGAUGCUGAUGCCGAGAAGGUCACUGACGACCUCCGCAAGAAGGCCUCUCCCGGUGCCGCCGAGGAGGAGGAGGUUGACCCCGAUGAUGAGGAGGGUGAGGAUCUCUGCAACUGCACCUUCUCCCUUGCCUACGGUGCCAAGAUCCUUCUUAACCAGACCCACCUCCGUCUCAAGCGUGGCCAGCGCUACGGUCUUUGCGGUCCCAACGGUUCCGGCAAGUCCACCCUCAUGCGUGCCAUCAACAACGAGCAGGUUGAGGGUUUCCCCAAGCAGAACGAGGUCAAGACUGUCUUCGUCGAGCACGACCUGGACUCUGCUGACACUGAGAUGACCACCAUUGACUGGACCAUGAAGAAGCUUCAGGAUGCUGGUGUCACUACCGGCCAGGCCGAGGUCGAGGCCAAGCUCAACGAGUUCGGCUUCACCGAGGGCAUGAUCAAGGGUGAGAUCUCCGCCCUUUCUGGUGGUUGGAAGAUGAAGCUCGCUCUGUGCCGUGCCGUCUUCGAGGCUCCCGAUAUCCUGCUUCUUGACGAGCCUACCAACCAUUUGGACGUGAAGAACGUCAAGUGGCUCGAGGACUACCUCACCACCUCCCCCUGCACUUCCAUUAUCGUCUCCCACGACUCUAGCUUCCUCGACAACGUCUGCCAGCACAUCAUCCACUACGAGCGCUUCAAGCUUAAGCGCUACCGUGGUAACCUGUCCGAGUUCGUCAAGAAGAACCCCUCUGCCAAGUCCUACUACGAGCUCGGUGCCUCCGAGAUGGAGUUCCGCUUCCCCGAGCCCGGUUUCCUCGAGGGUGUCAAGACCAAGGCCAAGGCCAUCCUCCGCGCCAACAAGAUGUCCUUCCAGUACCCUGGUACCAGCAAGCCCCAGAUCACCGACAUUACCUUCCAGUGCUCUCUCGGCUCCCGUAUUGCUGUCAUCGGUCCCAACGGUGCCGGCAAGUCUACCCUCAUCAACGUCCUCACUGGUGAGCUCGUCCCCACCGAGGGUGAGAUCUACCAGCACGAGAACAUCCGUAUCGCCUACAUCAAGCAGCACGCUUUCGCUCACAUCGAUAACCACCUCGACAGCACUCCCUCUGAGUACAUCCAGUGGCGUUUCCAGACUGGUGAGGAUCGUGAGACGAUGGACCGUGCCAACAAGAUCAUCACCGAGGCUGAUGAGGAGGCCAUGAACAAGAUCUUCAAGAUCGAGGGUACUCAGCGUCGCAUCAUCGGCAUCAACUCCCGUAGAAAGUUCAAGAACUCCUACGAGUACGAGUGCUCUUUCGCCAUCGGCGACAACGUUGGCCAGAAGAACGAGCGCUGGACCCCCAUGAUGUCCGCCGACAACGUCUGGCUGCCCCGUAGCGAGCUUCUGGCUUCUCACCAGAAGAUGGUUGCUGAUGUCGAUAUGAAGGAGGCCCUUGCCUCUGGUCAGUUCCGCCCUCUGGUCCGUAAGGAGAUUGAGUCCCACUGCGCCAACUUCGGUCUGGAUGCUGAGCUGGUUUCUCACUCUCGCAUGCGUGGUCUGUCCGGUGGUCAGCGUGUCAAGGUCGUCCUUGCUGCUUGCUCUUGGCAGCGUCCUCACUUGAUCGUUCUUGACGAGCCUACCAACUACUUGGACCGUGACUCUCUCGGUGCCCUGUCCAAGGCACUCAAGGCCUUCGAGGGUGGUGUCAUCAUCAUUACUCACUCUGCCGAGUUCACCAAGGACUUGACUGAGGAAGUCUGGGCUGUCAUGGACGGCAAGAUGACUCCUUCCGGCCACAACUGGGUCCAGGGUCAGGGUGCUGGUCCCCGUCUCAAGGCUGACGACGGCGAGGAGGAGGAGAAGUUCGACGCCAUGGGUAACAAGAUUGUCAACACCAAGAAGAAGGUCAAGUUGACCUCUUCUGAGGCCCGUAAGAAGAAGAAGGAGCGUAUGGCCCGCCGCAAGCGUGGUGAGGAGGUCUUCUCCGAUGAGGACGACAUCUAA